AAAUCUUUGGAAUAUCUUUUCAUGCGUUACCACAAUCACUUGUGCCAGAAUAUGGCUAUAUUCCAAGCUUUCUUGUUGAUACUUGUGAAUAUUUGGAAGAACAUGUUCAUACUGAGGGACUCUUCAGAAAGUCUGGAUCUCUUGUUCGUUUAAAAGCUUUAAAGAGUAAACUGGAUCAGGGUGAAAACUGCCUCUCAGCUGCGCUGCCAUGCGAUGUUGCAGGGCUUCUUAAACAGUUCUUUAGGGAGCUGCCAGAACCCAUCCUUCCACCUCACCUGCAGGAAGGCCUUUUAAGAGCUCAGCAGCUGGGAAAUGAGAAGAAAACUGCAACUGUGUUGUUGUCAUGUUUGAUGGCCAACAGAACAAUUGAAGCUUUGAGAUACUUUUUCAACUUUCUGAGAACUGUUUCCCUAAGAUCCAGUGAAAACAGAAUGGACAGCAGUAAUCUGGCAGUGAUUUUUGCUCCCAACCUCUUGCACUCGAAUGAAAAUGAAAAAAUGUCAGCCAGUACAGAAGAAAAAAUUCGUUUGCAAGCCGCUGUUGUGCAAACAUUUAUUGACCAUGCAGCAGAAAUCGGACAAGUACCAGAGUUUAUCUUGGAAAAGAUUCCUGCAAUGUUAGGUGUUGAUGCCUUUCAAUCUACUCCCUCACUGUGGGGCCACGAAGACAGUGAAAAUGAAUCACCCAGUGAAUGUAAGAAAAGGAGGCACCGAAGCGUUGGUGAUAUUGUUAGUGGAGCACUGAAUAAAUUUAAAUCUAACGGAACACCCUCCACUACACCUCAACAAGAUAGAAGCGUCCUUUCAUCGGUGACUCCAGUGGUUCUUACUCCAAGUACCAAGCGUAAACUUCCAACUGAUUGCUCUCAGGGCUUGUCCAGCAAGAAGAGAAGAUCUUUUAAGCAUAGUUUUGCUGUUGAGUUGUUACCAAGUAGCAUUUUUAACAGCUCAACACCAGCAUCAGUUCAGUUUGAAGCAAGCCCUUGUGUGUCUCUUGAGUCAUCACAGACGUCACUGUCUCCUUCAACUGGUGCUGAAAAUCAUCUGUCUGGUACAGGGAACAGAAGAAGUAAAAGACAUGCAAGCAAAAAAUUAUACAGGGCUGAAUCAGGAAAGACUGGUUGUUUUUCUCCAAAGAUUAGCCGAAAAGAAAUGGUUCGUAGGUCAUUACGCUUGAAGUUUGGUUUGGGGAAAAGCAACAGAGAAAUGAAUGUGGCAUCAGGAUGUGUGGUUGGUAAUAGAUCUGAAAAUAUUGGAAGGCGUCUUGCAAGUCAACAAGGUUUAGAAAGCAGAACUGAAUGUGCAAAGAGAGAUUUACUCUUCAGCCCAUGUAUCAAUGAAAAAUUCCCUAAGAAAGGUUCAAAGAAUGUGAGCAAGUCAGAAGAAAACUUGCUAAAUGCCAAUAAAGUAAUUCACCGAAUGUCAUGGAAUAGUCCUACUGUUACAUAUUCUCAGGUGAUCAGCAGGAAUGAGGGAAUGCUGCCAGGACACCCCAAACCAGAAAUCAGUUCUUCAGAAUCUGUUUUGAUAUUUGGAGAGCCACCAGUUGUUCCAGAUGAAUUCAAAUCCACAACUGUAAGCAAACAAGAGAACAGCUUAGAACUUUUGCUUUGUGAAGAGGAAAGUAAUUCAACUGCAGCAACAUUACUGAAAGUUAAACAAGCCUUCUCUGCAUCUGGUAGUAAUCUUCACAAUUUGAUAGGUGAUACAAAAUCUUCCUUCUCAGAUGUAGCAGGUGAAACAUUAAAUGAAAGUCUGUGUCUCACAGGGCUCAGUCUGCAGAAAGACUUGUCAGCUGAAGAAGUUUCUGAAAAUCUACCAAAUAGAAAAUCCAGAGAGCUGUUGCAGCAAUUUAAUCAGUCUUAUGCAACUGAUAAGCAUCAAUCAAAAAAAGAUGAAAAUAAAGUUUUGGAGAAAAGGAACUUCAAAGCUUCCAUUGAGAUCGAACUUCACGUCCCAAAACCAGAUAUGAAAAAUGUAACAGAACUUCCUGUGCCUCAAGUACUGGCCUGGGAGGACAAGUUGACUGUUCAGAACGGUUCAUCAAAAGAUGACUUAAACAAAAUAGAUUCCUUUGAAAGAAAAGAGAAAAUAGAAUUAACAAACUCACAAACAGCUGAAAACUCUAUUGUAAAAUGCUGUACUUUGGAAGAAGAUACCGCUAAACUUUCUGUGGCAGGACAGCUUCCUACUUUGCAGUUGACUAAAUCACUAAACAAAGUAGGCAACCAAUACUUGCAGGCUGAAAAUUGUGAUAAAACUUUAACUGUUUCUGACCAUGGAAAGGUUGCAGACCACAUACAGUGGUUCAACAAGCUUUCAUUAAAUGAUCCAAGUUCUGCAAGCAAAACUAAACCUCCUCUUAAAUUUCAACGUACUCCUGUUAGACAGUCUGUAAGAAGAAUUAAUUCCUUAUUGGAGGCUAACAGGCAAUCUGUAAGGUCUCAGCUGCUUAAAGCAAGAGAUGUGGGUUCACCGCUUGUUAAAUCUUUGAGCUAUGAUUCUGCACUAUCCUCCUGCAUAGAAAAGCCCUCAAAGAAUUCUGUGAUUUUGCCAUUCAGGGGUGAAAGUACAUAUGAUCAAGUUUCUGUAUCUCAUAAGCAGCUAAACUUGAUAUCCAAAUCAUGUUGCAGGCCAUUAAAUCCACCAGACAAGCCUGAUGUUUCUAUCGGAACUGCUGGGAUCCACGAACAGAAAGCAACUGUUCAUCCAUCAAAGUCUGUUCUAGAAGAUCUAAGCAAUCAUGAAAUUGUGAAAUCUAGUUUAAAAGCUAAUGUGAAUAUAAAUAUUCCAGGUGCUGCCCCAGAAAAAUCUACAAUCACAAGAAGUGCUUCAGGAAGAGAAAGAGUUCGUUAUAAAGGCUCUCCAAAAAAUCCAAUAUCUAAAGCAAAACUGCUACCAGCUGCAAAACCAGUAGACUUAUAAGAUCAUAUAUGAUUGCUAAAUAGGCUUAUCGUAACUUGGUUAACCUUUGGAAAAUCUAAAUUUGUACGAUUACUUUUUUAGCCCUAAUUAUUUGUAUUUUUCAAUUUAUUUUUUUAACUGUAUGAGUCAUGGACUUGUACAAAUAACAAUUUGUUUUAUGUUGAAGCUUUCUUUAUUUACUGAAACAUUUGUAAAUACUAGUCAGUUGAUCUAGAUUAAUUUGACUUCUAAAACAAUAAUAAUCUGCUUUUACAAAUGUUGUGUUAGAUCUCAUAUUUUAUUAUUUCGGCUUCUAAAAACAUGCUGCAUCUCCCAAAACAAUUUUUGCAGUAUUUAGACUAAGUACAAAGUUUUCUAAAAAAUUCUCAGACAUUUAAAACAAAAACAAACAUGAAAGAAAAUUUCUUGAUGCUGAGUAUUGAUAGCUAAAUUUAUUUACAUAGUUCUAAGUGUAUUGCAGCAUACUUUGAUAUUUAAAUUGGACCUUAUACCAGCUCUAUGUCUUUUGAGACAACGGUUUUUAUUUCUACUGGAGUAAAUUUGGAGCACAUUUUCCUUGCUGAGUAGGUAAAUUAAUUAUAUUUUUGACAUAUUUGGAGAAUUAUAAAUAAAUGUGCAGUUUAUUCAGGAAGUGAAAAGUCUUAAAACGUAAUCCAGCAAUGUGUUCUGCAAUAGGUACCAAGUAUUUUCAGUUGUGAGCAGUAAAAUGUUUUAUCUUAAUAUGAAAGGAUGGUUUUAAUUUAUUUUUAGAGUGACAGGAUAGUGUUAACUUAGAGGGUGUGGAAGCAGAUUUCAGAUGUUGGUAAUGUUGCAAGAGAUGAAUGUAAGAAGCCAUUGUGUGUUAAAAGUUGAUUUGCACAAGCAAAUGUUUACAUCUUUUGGAAUUAAAACUUUGUCUGUCAUCUGUUGUAAAAGUAUUUAAGAGUAAAGACUUGAAACUGUUCAUUAGCUUUCUGUAAGCAAAUUGCUUACUGGCAAAAUGUAAGAGUUGAAAGCACUGCAUACUUUUGGUUUUAAUAAAACCAUUUGUUUUGU